UAGACUCCAUUCCAUCUGUCUGAACAUCUCUGCCUCGACAGUGGGGUUUGGACACAUGAUCAGGGUAAAGCUUUAAAAGAGCCCAAGCAACCGCACCCGAAAGUUCACUUCACUUCCCCUCUUGACUGUUUGACACAAGUUGGUCUCUGAGUAUUGUGUGUGUGUGUCUCAACUGGUCUUUCUUCCUUGACUGUCUGAGAGGCAGGCUUUAACAUCAUGUCUGACACAGCGGAUAUUGUGAAGGAAUACGAGGAGGAGGCAGAGGAGGUGAACGAGGAGGAGGAAGAAGUAGAGGAGGCACCUGAGGUGGAAGAGGAGGCUGAAGAAGAGCAGGAGGAGGAUGAGGCAGAUAAGGAGGACGAGGUAGAGGAGGAGGAGAGGGAACACGUUGAGGGGAGCGAGGGGGAGACCAAGCCACGGACCAAGUACAUUACCAACAUCGCUCCUCCCAAGCUGCCCGACGGUGAGAAGUUAGACUUUGAUGACCUCCACCGCAAGAGACUAGAGAAGGACUUCAAUGACCUGCAGAGCCUGAUCGAGAUGCACUUCUCUAGCCGCCAGAAAGAGGAGGAAGAGCUGGUAGCCCUCCGCAGCCGCAUCGAGCGCCGCCGUGCCGACCGUGCCGAGCAGCAGCGUGUGCGCGCCGAGCAGAACAUUGAGCGCCAAGCUCGUCUUGCUGAGGAGCGGACCCGACGGGAAGAGGAGGCCAAGCUCCGCGCCGAGGAGGAUGCCAGGAAGAAGAACGUCUUCUCCAAUAAGGCGUUCGGCGGCUACAUACAGAAGGGGGACGUGAAGAAGGGCAAGAAGCUGACGGGGCGCGAGAAGAAGACCAAGGCUCUGUUGGAACGCCGCAAGCCCCUCAACAUCGACCACCUCAACCAGGAGAGGCUGGCGGAGAAGUCCCGCGAGCUCUGGCAGUGGCUGCGCCAGCUACACGCUGAGAAGUUUGACCUGGCCGAGAAGCUGAAGAGGCAGAAGUACGACGUGAAUGUGCUGCGGAACCGCGUUAGCGACCACCAGAGGGGCUCCAAGGUGGCCAAGGCGACCCGCGGGGCGAAGAAGCUACGUUAGUCACACAGCAAUGACCUCAACAUUAUCAGAUUAGUCUAGCUGUCUUUGGACCGUUUGAAGUACAAUCACCUGCUUCUGCUUUAUUGGGUAUAGGCCUGCUUGUUUGUUUGUUUGUUUGGGGGUUUCUACAGUAUAACGUUAGCUAAGCAGGUCUAUAACUGAUCAGCCUACAUAAUGUAUUCACAGGUUGUGCACAGGCUGUAACUUUCUUUGUUGACUAUAGUUGUCUGAUGUAAACAUUUAAUGUGGUUCACGAGGAAUAUGAUUACUGAUAUCGUAUUCACAGAUAAAGCUAAAUGUUUGAAUAAUGUUAAUACAGUUUUGAUUGAUCAUUCGAAUAAAAUGUGAAU